UGCAUUGUUUAAUAAUUUAGCCAUAUAUAUAAUUAGAAGCGUAUGUAUAUAUGUAUGUAUAUUUAUGUAUAUAUUUAACAAGCCCCUCUCGAUCUCUCGCUCUGCGUUCUAAUUUCGUUUCUGCGCAGCUCAUUUUCCGCGGAAGAAUCUACUUUAAUGUCGGACAAGGGUCGUCCGUUACCAAAGUUUGGUGAGUGGGAUGUUAAUGACCCUGCAUCAGCUGAGGGAUUUACUGUGAUCUUUAAUAAGGCCAGGGAUGAGAAAAAAACAGGUGGCAAACCCGAGUCACCUGCAAAGGCAGAACCUAAUCCCACACAUGGAGUUGGCUCUACCAAGCCUCCUGGAAAAAAAUGGUUUUGCUGUGUGCAACCCCCUGCAGAACCUUGAGGAGGUUUCCAGUUCAAGACUGUCAAUAGAGAGCGUGUUCAUAGUUCACCCCACCAUAUUUCCCUAAAUAUCGGAGCCAUAGAGCAACGAUGGAUGCUGCCUGCUUGAAUCCAUUUUGUGUGUCUUUAAACUGCAUUGGCUUGAGGGAAGAGUGAAGAUGGAAAGGAAAACUAAAAAGGGUAAAAGAAAAUGUAAAACCAAAACAAUAACUUCUUUGUUAAAGUUGUAUCUAUGUAUUACUAUCUGGUGGGUUAUCAUGCGAAGCUUAAUUAGCAAUCUGUUUGUCUUC